GAUUUUUUUUUGUAUAUUUUCAAAUAUUUAAUAUAUCUAUAUAUAAUAAAAAAAAAAUAUAUAAUUUUUGUUUUUUUCUUAUAUAAUUUAUUUUUGUAAAUUUUUAACUAAUAAUUUUUAAAAAAACAUAGUUUUUAUUUAUCAUUUUAUUGCAUUCUAUUUAAUUAAAAAUAAUAGAAUAGACUUUUGUAAGAAUUGCAUUUUUUUUUUAUUAGAAUAAUAAUUAUUAAAAAAAAAAAAAAAAAUAAUCUAUGAAGAUAGUUUUAUAAUAAAUAAAAUUAAUAUUAAUAAAGACUAGUUAAUACAAUAUUUUUUUUUUAUAUAAAAAACUCAUUCAAUUAUUAAAAUUAAAUAUAUAAGAAUAUAAAAAUAAAUUUAAAUAUAUAAAAUAAUUUUUAAAAGAAAAGAUAUUUAAUAAUUAAAAUAGAAAUAAUUUUAAAUUAAAUAAUAUUUCGUGAAUAUUAAAAAAAUAAAAAAAAAUAUGUAAUUAAUAAUUAUUAAAAAAUAUAAAAUUAAUUAAAAAAUAAUUUAUUUAUAUUUUUAUAACUUGUAUAUUACUUUAUUUAGUAAUAUCCAUGUUUAUUUUUAUAAAAACUAUAAAAAUUACGUAUUUAAUUUAAUAAUAUAUUAUUAUAUGAAUAUAAUUUUAAUAUUUAUUUUUAAUAAUAAAAAAUAAUUAAUUAAUUAUUAUUAUAAACUAAUAAAAUAUUUAUUUAUUUAAUAAAUAUAUAUAAAAUAAAUAAAAAUGCAUAUAUAGAAUAUUUAAAAACUAUUUAAAAUAUUAUCUCCUUUUUAAGAUUUUAUAUAAAAUUCUAAAUUGAAUAUUUUCGACAUUUUCAUUACAGGCUUUUAUUGCGGAUUAGAUUCUGAUAUAGAUAAUAUUAAAAAUGUUAUAAAUGAAUUAUAGAAUGUUUGUUCAUAAAAUAAUUUAAAAAUUUCCAUAAGUGAAUAAGAUAAGCCUUUUAAUGAAAAAAGUAAUACAUUUAAAGAAAUAAAUAGUCCCUAUAAAUAAAAAAAUUAGAUAGUUAUAUAAUUAAAUUAAAAUGAAAGUUUAGAAUAGAAAUAAGAAGAUUUAAAAAAAACAGAAGAAUUAAUUUAAAGAAUAUAAAAUGAAGAGUAAAAAAUAUAAGAGUAAAUAAGGAGCAAUAGAAAAAAAGAAGAAGAAUAAGAUUGUCCUAUAUGCCUUGAUUAACUUCAUAAUGAAAAAAUUAUUCCAAUGGAUUUAUGUGACCAUGUAUUUCAUUAAGAAUGUUUGAUAUAAUAUAUUAAAUAAAAAAUUGAUGAUAAAUAAGCCUAAAUUGUAUGUCCAGAUUAGAAUUGUAAAGAAGAACUAUUAGUCAAUGAGUAUAAUUAAUUGUUGGGAAAAUAAUACAUAUAAAAAUACGAAAAAAACACUGUAGAUUAAUAUUAUAGUAAUCAUUCGAAUGAGGUUUUUUAUAUUGUUAAAAAUAAAAAAAAACUAAACUAAAAAAGAUGUCAUGGUGUCCUACUCCUGAUUGUUAAUAUGUUUUUAUUUAUGAUGAAUAGAUAGAUGGUACACAUUUUAGAUGUCCAGUUUGCAAAAUUUAAUAUUGUUUAAAAUGUAGGGUUUAAUAUCAUGAAAAUUAAACAUGUAAAGAAUAUAUGAUAAGCAAUUAAAGGGAUUAGAAUGAUGUAAAAUUCGAAAAAUUUAUUAAAGGAAAAAAAUUUAAAUAAUGUUAAAAAUGCAAGUUUUGGGUAGAAAAAAAUCAAGGUUGUAAUCAUAUGACUUGUAUAUGUGGAUAUUAGUUUUGUUAUAAAUGUGGUGGAAAAUAUCAAUAAUGUGAAUGUG